UUGAUGAGAAAAAAAUGUUAGAAGUCAUCUGCGACAGCGAGUCAGCGACGACAUCUGCAAAAGUAGAAAUGACAGGGAAAUUAGGAAAUGAACAAAAGUAGAAAUGGCGAGCGACGACAUCUGCAAUUAGGGCACCGAAUUGGAGAGUAGCUGUGUUAUUAUGGACCAUAUCUCUCACUAUUUUCUACUCUCUCUUCCAAAUGGGUCUUCGAAAUUCACCUUCCACUCCUUUUUCUUCUGUAAUAAGUCUGGUAUGUUUCAGAUCCUUUUGUCACUUACGCCGAGCAAAGCUCAAGGUUGUAUGAUAAAAUGGAACGGGAUCUACAGGAAAAGGGACCAGUGUUCCUCGAACAAAGGUGAAACGUCUCAGUCACUGUCACUUUCAGAUCUUUUCAAACUGAACGAUGGAAAGAUAUCACCUGUCCUCAAGGAUUCUAAGCUGUACCACUUCAGCAUGUUUCAUGCAUCGCAUCACAUCGUCUCCGUUCCAGCUACCAAAGAUGAGGUCUUUUUUACUAGUCGUUAGUCUUCUUGCCAAUCCACCGGAACACAUUACCAAAUCACUCCCUUUCUUGCUGUGAAAGGUCAGAUACACUUGUGUCUAACCUCAAAGAUCACUAAAGAAAUGAAAAAAAAAAAUAAACAAACAAACUCCUUGUGUUUUAUGAUCUUAUUAUUCUUUGAUCUCCAAAGAAACAGAGGAAUCCAGAAAUAAGGUCCAUGUGUUACACACUUUGCUCAGUAAUCAGAGGCAUAUAGAUCUUGCAAUCGCAAGUGUGCUUGUUUCUAUUUCUAAGAUCACA